AUGCUUCGCAACGGAGCGUCGCGUCUAGCGUUAAGGUCCGUCGCGGCACCUACAGCUGCCCGGCCAGCGGCAUGCUUCUCCCGCACAGCGCCAUCACUCCAAUGGCAAACACAGUUUGGGUCACUGGCUGCAAAGAGGCCGCAGUUGCGUCAAGCAGCAAAUGCACUAAAGCCGGCCUCAUCCGCCAUCUUGCGCCGAUGCAUGGCGGACGGCAAGUUGACAGAGGCACAGAAGCAGGCCGAGAGCAGAUACAGAAAUGAGGAAAUCAAACCCACGCCAGAGACGGUCACGAGCUCCAGCACAACACACCCGAUAUUUUCUGAGGUUGGCGGCGACAGGCCGCAGAAGGAGGUGGAUAUGAUGGCUGAUAUGAAGCACGAUGUGAACACAGUCAAAGACACAUUUUCCCUUGCCGCAGUGCCCCGCGAAGCAUUCUACCUGGGUCUCGCUGGCACGCUUCCUUACCUUGCAACGUCGCUCUCAACCGUCUACCUGUCGUGGGAACUCAACCACUCAGUUGCCGGCUACGGCUUCAUGAUUUCCGAGAAGAACGCUACAUACCUGCUGCAUCUCAUUGAGCCCCUGCAGGUCGGAUACGGCGCGUCGAUUCUGAGCUUUCUGGGUGCCAUUCACUGGGGACUCGAGUGGGCGGGUUACGGUGGUUACCAAGGGUACAAACGGUACGCCAUUGGUGUUGUGACGCCUAUGGUGGCCUGGUCUACGCUCAUGAUGCCCAUCGAGGGUGCACUGAUUACUCAAUUCCUGGGGUUCACUGCACUUUACUAUGUUGAUACCCGUGCUGCAUACCGUGGCUGGACUCCCGACUGGUACGCUGUAUACCGUUUUGUUCUCACCAUGAUUGUCGGCGCCAGCAUCUUGGUUACUCUUAUCGGUCGCAGCGAACUACCUGAGCAUAUUCCUGGCUCAGUCGACCGCGCCAAGGUCUUCAAGGAGGACGGUUCCUCGGAGGAGAAGCUGGCUGAGCACGAGACAGCCUUGGCCGAGAAGAAGAAGAGUGCAGCGCGCAGUGACGACAGGGGCAAGCACUAA